CUUCCCUCCGUUGUCUCCCGGCUCCCUCCCUCGCUCCUUCCUCGGCCGGAGAAUGGCGCAGGCCGCGCAGAAGCUGGUCAAGACCGUCACCACCCGCGGCCCGCAGCUCCUCUCCGCCGCUGUCGCUUAUUCGAGGCCCCGCCUGGCCACCUUCUGGUACUACGCCAGGGUCGAGCUGGUUCCCCCGACUCCGGCCGAGAUCCCACAGGCCAUCGAGAGCAUGAAGGGGCUGGUGAAGAGCUUCCAGUCCGGCCGCCUGGCACAGCUCACCGUCAAGGAAGCCCUCAGGAACGGCUUGGUGGCGACGGAAGUCCUGAUGUGGUUCUACAUUGGCGAAAUCAUCGGCAAGCGCGGACUGGUUGGAUACGAUGUCUGAAAGGGAUGUUUCUUUUGUCGUUGGAGUCCUAAUAAUAUUAAAUACUAUAUUGAGACGGAAA